CUAUCGCAAACCAAAUGGGGCUUCUUAGGGAAAAGAGCUGCUUGAAGACCGACUAUGAAAACGACCCUAAAUCUGUGGCCCAAUUUUUGAAGGAUGAAAUGGCAACAGGCAGGACGCGCGGAUGGAUCCAGGAGCGGAGAGCGCGAGCGGGAAUCAGCAUUACCCUGGUUGGGAAAAUCGAGAACUGUCCAGGUUUUGAAAACAAAAAAUUGAGUGUAAAAGAUGUUAAGCUGGAACGAGUGACUCAAGACAUAAAUGGGUUGGCAGGCACUUUCGAGAUUCUUGAAGACGUCCCAGGUCCUCUAAAAAUAAAAUUGACGUUUUAUAAAUUCAUGAAAGGCAAGUGGGUGUACUUUUAUGAGAGAUUAUUCCACGACUUCUGUAAGAGGAUGGAAGAGGAAGGACAGGUUUGGACAAUCUUCACAAAAGCAGCGAAUUUAACGUCAUGCCCCAUUCUGAAGGGUGAUUAUAAAUUGAAAUACUCUUCAUUGACUUUAAAAUCAUUCACGCUGAAUCAGCUGUCAGGAAACUACAGAGUGACGAUCGAAUUCAUGGAAAAUGGCACUACAACGACUAGCUGCAUCAGGGCAUAUGCCAAGAUUCAAUGAUCAGCUGAAAAUAAGAGGGAGAAAAAACAGCACAUUCAACCUUCAUUGAUUCUUACAUCAUUCAUUGAUCAUUCAUUCAGGCAUAUUUGUAACUGCAUUAAUUGUUAAGCCUUAAAUAAAACAGUAAAUGCAACAUUUA